AUGAUAUAUGAUGUAGCGAUUGUCAUUAACACUGGUCUUUCUCCACUUCAUGCCAAACUCAAAAUGAAGUCUAAAAUGUCCUUCAUCUUUGAGGCUAGUUCGGCUUUAUUUCCAUCGAUUUAUCUCAGUCUAAAAGGCACAACCGCACAAAAUUACCGCUAUAUUCAGGCUAUCAUGAUGGAAUCAGCAAGAGUUGCUGCCCUUCAUUCCCCAGUCCUUGAUGUAUAUCCUUAUACCAAAUUCGAAUAUAACCCAUAUCAAUUUUUAGACUCUUUCUAUGCAAAAAAAGACGUAUGCAACUCAUUGAAACAAGCUGCUGACCUAGGGGCUCGUGGAAUUGUUUUGUGGAGCAGUAGUAAGAAUAUGAAACAGCGUUGUGAAGGUCUUGCAAAAUAUGUACGAGAGAUGUUAGGGCCUACAGUAGCGUUGAUCCGUAAAAGAAACCAACGUUGUCGCGAAAAACGAUGUUCUUCACAUGGACAGUGCGUCCUUCCCGAACCGGCAUCUAGGUGCACAUUUCGUAUGCAGCCGGCCAAUUACAUCUGUAGAUGCGAUGCGUUGUUCACUGGGAACGAUUGCUCAUUACGCAGGCAUUUCCAAUGGAUUUACAAUAGAAAAGGAAAGGAUCAGCCAAAGGGAUUAAGUCCUGGGAAAAACAACAGGCGUUUAGGAAGGAGACGAAGAGUCAAAAAAAUUAGGGUCUCUGGUGAUGCUGGUGGACGAACAGAGGACGGCUUACCUGCUACGGCAAAAGCAGUUCUA